AUGGGACUGUUAUCUAUCCUAAGGAAAAUUCGUCAGAAAGAAAAGGAAAUGAGGUUAUUAGUCCUCGGUCUUGACAAUGCUGGAAAAACAACAAUUCUAAAGCGGUUGAACGGUGAAGACAUUAAUACUAUCUCGCCAACUCUUGGCUUUAAUAUCAAAACCCUAGAGCAUAACAAUUUUAUAUUACACAUGUUUGAUGUUGGAGGACAAAAAUCCAUCAGAUCUUAUUGGCGCAAUUAUUUCGAGCAAACAGAUGGUGUUGUUUGGGUGGUGGAUAGCGCGGACCGAAUGCGUUUAGAGGAUUGUAAAAAUGAGCUAAAGGCUUUGCUGAAAGAGGAGCGCUUAGCAGGUGCUUCGUUGUUGAUAUUUGCCAACAAACAAGACCUCCCCGGUGCUAUGUCUGAUCAGCAGAUUCGCCAGGGGCUCGAGUUAGAUUCGAUAGUAACUCAUCAUUGGGCUAUUCAAGCUUGUAGUGCAGUUACCGGUGAGAAUCUACUGUGCGGAAUGGAUUGGAUUAUUGGGGACAUUGCUUCUCGUAUAUAUUUGCUAGAUUAG